GCGAAGCAAACCCGUAACUUUGUAUCAAACUUCUACAUAUCUGACGAAGGCAACCGGAUCAUUGGGAUUUUAACCGAAACGGAAACAACUGUUUAAAGCAAUAUACAUAACGGUGUUGCUGCAUUUUUACACUGACGGGUCUUGAAAAACAAAAGGGGAAAAACGCUUAGUAUUGUGUUCAUGCCAUCCAAUGGUUGACGGGAAGAGGAGAAAAGGUUGUAGCCAGUUGGAGUGAGAUGAGAGCCCAGUGGAGUAGCAGACACACUGAGCAUCCAGCCUAGCCAUGCCUUGCUGCUGAGUGCCCUGGUGACCAGCUCUGGCCUUGGCACCAUGACCAGUCUGAAGCGCCCACCCAUAGACCACAUCGUGGGGGGCUCUAUCCCAGCCAUUGACGAGUUCUACACCCGCCACCUGGCCAACGGAGGGGCACGCAUAGACAGCGCCCACCCUCCAGGGGGCCCGGGGGUGCCUAAAAUGGGGGUACGGGCACGGGUUGCCGAGUGGCCCCCGAGGAAGGACCUGGGUGCUCUCUGGCAGGUUACCACAGAGCCAGAGUCCCCAGCCUUGGCCGGAGGUGGGCAGAGCCACCUGAAACUAUGUCACCUGAUGAGCCCCCAGGACGCAUCCAUGCUCCGCAGCAUCCACAACACACUGAAGAGUAAAACCCAGGGGGCCAGCUACAGCCCAGACAGCCGUUACCUGUCCCCCACAGACUACAGAGUCCCCUCCCACAGAAACAUCCGCCGCAUCCGCCAGCGCAGCAACAGUGACAUCACCAUCAGUGAGCUGGACGAUGGCGGGGACAGUGGGGAGGACUUGGGCCCCUCAGGGGCAAAGUGGUCCCCACUACACAGAGAGUAUGGCAGCACCUCCUCUAUAGACCAGCACGGGGCGCCAGGGGAGAGCUUCUUUGAGAUGCUGAAGGGCUACCAGGGGGACAAGCCUGACCAGCGCAGCCCUGCACCAGACAGACUAGAGGACUUGCUGACUGCUGGGCUCAAGCAGGCCUCCAUAGAACUACAUGAGGAGACUAGUGAGAGCCAGACGUCCAGCAGAGUCAAGGAGAGAGAGAAGCCCCCAAAGAGACGCUCCAAGUCAGAGACAGGGGGAGAGUCUAUAUUCCGUAAACUACGCAGCGUGAGGGGGGAGUCGGACUCACCACGGGCCGGCUCUGAUGCUGAGGACGGUCGGUCAGAGGACUGGGUAACCCCUCUCAAGCCAUGGGUGUGCCAGAGGGGCUUCUCCCACUACGACGUGCAGAGCAUGAUGUUUGACCUGAAUGAGGUGAUCCAGAGCAGGCAGAUGGCGGCGGGGAAGAGGAAGAACACCACCACAGGGGCGUCUGCUGCAGCUGCAGCCUCCAACACCUCCACCGUGUCCUCCACCCAGAGCCUGGCCUACAGCUCUCCCGCUGGCAGCCAGGAGGAGCUCAGUGCCGGGGCCAGGGACAGCCCCAGCAUGGGCACCGGGGACGAGCAGAGCAACGAGAUGCUCCUCAGCUGCCCCUGCUUCCGCAAUGAGAUUGGGGCCAACGGAAGGCGCACGGCAGGAGCCGGGCCCCCCAAACAGGGGAGUGGGGGCUCGGGGACCCUGGGAAGUGAGGGCAGUCAGUUUGAGUCGUCCCUCAGCUCCCACUGCACUAACGCUGGGGUGGCAGUGCUAGAGGGGCCCAAGGACAGCCCCAGUUCCCUCAGUGACAGAGGCAAACACUACAUCGUAGAGCAUGUGGACCUGGGAGCUUACUACUACAGGAAGUUCUUCUACCUUAGAGAACACUGGAACUACUUUGGGAUGGACGAGGCUCUGGGUCCGGUGGCUGUGAGUCUGCGCAGGGAGAAACAGGAGGAGCACAACGAGCACGGCCAGCAGUACAACUACCGGGUCAUCUUCAGAACCUCAGAGUUGACCACACUCCGGGGGUCUAUUCUGGAGGAUGCGGUGCCCUCGUCCUCUAAGCAUGGCACUACCCGGGGGCUGCCCCUGAAGGAGGUGUUGGAGCACCUGCUUCCAGAGCUGGAUGUGCCCUGUCUCCGCUUGGCCCUCAACACGCCCAAGGUCACAGAACAGCUGAUGAAACUGGAUGAGCAGGGGCUGAGUUUCCAGGUGAAGGUGGGGGUGAUGUACUGCAGGGCGGGGCAGAGCAGUGAGGAGGAGAUGUACAACAAUGAGACGGCGGGCCCUGCCCUGGAGGAGUUCCUACAGCUGCUGGGGGAGAGAGUCCGCCUCCAGGGCUUCACCAAGUACCGCGCCCAGCUUGACACCAAGACUGAUUCCACUGGCAGCCACUCCCUGUACACGGCCUACAGGGACUAUGAGAUCAUGUUCCACGUGUCUACCCUGCUGCCCUACACACCCAAUAACAAACAACAGUUGCUGAGGAAGAGACACAUUGGAAAUGACAUCGUCACCAUAGUGUUCCAGGAGCCGGGAGCGCUCCCCUUCACCCCCAAGACCAUCCGCUCCCACUUCCAACACGUGUUCAUCAUCGUCCGUGUGCACAGCCCCUGCUCCGACAAUACCUGCUAUAGGUGA